CUGGCGGCAACGGCUACGCGGCGGAAGCUUGAUGCGGUCUCAGGAGGGGGUUGGAGGCCCGGGGACGGCUGUUGCUGCUCGGGGCCCGAGCGGGAGGGAAAAGCUGCCGGCUCUAGAGGGCCAGCUCCGCCAUGAGUCGCCGCGGCAAGAGCCUGAGACCCCACCAGCCUCAUCUUCGGGCAAACAUCGCGAGGAGAAGACGACGGCCCUGAGCAAGGUGGUCGUCCGGCGACUGCCCCCCGGCCUCACCCAGGAGCAGCUGGAGGAGCAGCUGCGCCCGCUGCCCGCGCACGACUACUUCGAGUUCUUCGCGGCCGACCUCAGUCUUCAUCCUCAUCUCUACUCAAGAGCAUACAUUAAUUUUAGAAACCCUGAUGACAUCCUUCCUUUUAGAGAUCGUUUUGAUGGAUAUAUCUUCAUUGACAGUAAAGGCCUAGAGUAUCCUGCAGUGGUGGAGUUCGCCCCGUUCCAGAAAGUAGCCAGGAAGAAGCUGAAGAGAAGAGAUGCCAAGACCGGAAGCAUCGAAGAUGAUCCAGAGUAUAAGAAGUUCUUGGAAACUUACUGUGUGGAGGAAGAGAAGGCCAGUGCCAACCCUGAAACGCUGCUGGGAGAGAUAGAGGCAAAGACACGAGAACUUGUUGCUAGAAGAACCACACCUCUUUUGGAAUAUAUUAAAAACAGAAAAUUAGAAAAGCAGAGAAUUCGAGAAGAGAAGCGAGAAGAGCGGAGGAGGAGGGAGUUAGAGAAGAAACGCUUGCGGGAAGAAGAAAAAAGAAAAAGAAGAGAAGAAGAAAGAUGUAAAAGGAAAGAGGCAGAUAAACAGAAGACUACUGAGAAAGAAAUAAGGAUUAAGCUUCUUAAGAAACCGGAAAAGGGAGAGGAGCCAACCACAGGGAAACCCAGCGAAAGAGGAGAGGACGUUGACUGUGGAGCGGGAAGCCGGAAAGCGUGUGCAGUGGUGAGAGCCAGGCCCCUGCAGAGCUGGCUGGAGGAGCUCGGGGCGAAGUCGCAAAAUGACGGUGACAGAGAGCACAGGGACACGGAGAGACGAUCUCGGGAAAAAGAACCUGAAGCGCAGAGGUGCCACGCGGAUGCCAGAAAGCACAGAGCGCACUGCGAGCCAGGCAGGCUUCCCAGGAGGACCGAUGCUGAGCUGAGAUCGGGGAGAGGGUCUGCCCCGGACGGAGGGAAGAAGGGCGGCCAGGACGGCGGCCCCGGGGAGGCCGAAGCGCGGACGGGAAGAGGGCAGAGGUGUGAGGACAGCCCGGCACCCCGCAAGGAGCCGCGGGGAAAUAAGGACCGGCUGGCCUUGCAGCUGCACCAGCCAGGAGCUGGUCCCCGAGCCCCCGGGCAGGGACGUGCUGGGCAGACCGGGACGGAAGACCCCGCAGGGGCUGGUCCUGCACGGGGGGAAGAGGCGGAGUGAGCCGUGUGCGCCUGCUUGGUGAUGCAGGUGAGCGAUGAGAAAGGCAUCCCAGAAGUGCGUGAGUUACCCUGGAGCGUACCCUGAGAGGUGAAUUGACUCCUUCGAAGGAAACCAGGAGCCAGAAAUGUAGAGGGAGACAGAAACUUCCAGAAACCAUUCUUAAGGGAGAAGUGAUCUUUUUUAAAUUGAGCAGAAUUUUCAUAGAUUUUGCCAUUUCUUGUAUAAACUAGUAUUUAUGAUUUAGCUACAACAGGAAAUGAUUUCCAUUGGAAAGUAGGAAAAUAUGGAAGUAAAACACGGAAGAAAAUUAAUAUUGUAUUAGUGUGAAUUCUGAAGCAGUUCAGUGUGUUGUGAGAAUAGCAUCCACUUUAGGUUUUACCACAUAUUUGAGCAAAUGGUCUGUCAGAAUCUGCGUUUCAUUGUGAGCCACAGUGUCGAGGAGGGAGCAGGUGCGGUUCCGUCAUAACCUUGUGCUUCCGACACUUCUGCAAAGCUGUUGUGCGUCGGUCCCUCCAGCGGGAGCCCCCACGCUGUCAGCCCUCGGCGGCCGCGGACGGGGAAACUUUCUCCGUCUCUUGGUGGACAUGCUCCUCAUUCAUGACCCUUGUGGUUUAAGGGGUGCCGAGAUGACAGGAUUCGCCUUUAUUUGGGAAAGAAAUAACCGAGGUACAGCAUUUAGAUCUGUCUCUUUGAGCUUUGGGCACUUUAUUUUUAAGUAAUUUAAAGUAGCUUUCUGAAACUAUGCCUUAUGUAGCAUGGGGUAUUACGCAUAUUCUUUGCAGUGAAAUUUUUAAAUGUUACUGUAUUUUUGACACUACGCUUUCAACUGUUUAUUAAAUAAAAAUUUUGUUGCUAUGAA